UUGUGUUUCCACUGUGUCCUCUGUGUUCCAGGCACAAGGCUGGCACACUGCUCUACUGGUUAGUCUUGUAAGCACCGCCAAAGAGCUGAACCAUAUCCUUGCACCACCAGCAACUCUGUCUUGUUUUCUGUGGAUCUAAUGUUUUUGAAGUGUUAAAUACUCAUAGUUUUUUUCAAGAUUCGGUUGGAAGAAACGGGGUAGAGAUACUUGUGGAUUUGUAGUUCAGAAGAAGCUCCAAACUUUGUGAGUUUUUCCAAAAUGGCUCCUGUGAAAGGCUGGAUGGUGGGGCUCCUGCUGGUUCUCCUCUGCCCCUCUCAGCUCCCCCUCUCUGGGGGAGUGUGUGCCCAUGAGGUGGGUGAGGCAGGGGAAGGCCUCUACGCCAGGAAUGUGGAGGCGGUUGUAGCUGAAGAGGGCGAAACCGUUGAGGUUGAUGAUGGCGUGGGUGAUGAAGAGGAACAUAUAGCAGAGGAUGACGAUGAGGAAGAGUCGGAUGAAGAGGAGGAGGUGGAGGAGGAAGAGGCCGAGGAAGAGGCCGAGGAGGAAGAAGAGGAGGAAGAGGACAAGGAGGAGGAAGAGGACGAGGAGGAAGAAGAAGUGGCAGCUGAGGAAGAGGAGGAGGAGGAAGAGGAGACUGCUGUUGAGCAGGAGGAGGAGGAGGAAGAGGAGACUGCUGAGGAGGCAGAGGAGGAGGAAGCUGAUGAGGAGGACGGUGAGGAAGAGGAGACUGCUGACGAUGAAGCAGAAGAGGAGAAAGAGACAGAGGAGGAAGAAGAAGAGGCUGCUGAGGAGGAAGAGAAGAAGAAGGCUGCUGAUGAGGAGGAGGAAGAAGAGGCUGCUGAAGAGGCUGGAGAGGAGGCUGCUGAUGAGGAGGAGGACGAAGAGGAGACUGCUGAAGAUGAAGCAGAGGAGGAAGAAGAGGCUACUGAGGAGGAAGGUGACGAUGAUGAUGAUGAGGAGGAGGAGGAUGUGGAGGCCGCAGCUGAAGAUGACGACGAAGAGGAUGCAGCAGAGGAGGACGAGGAUGAGGAGGAGGCUUCUGAAGAGGAAGACGAGACUGAUGAGGAUGAUGAUGAUGAUGAGGAUGAUUCUGCUGAUGAGGAAGACGCUGCAACUGAAGUAGAGGAAGAUGACGAUGAGCCUGAAGUCAUCGACGCAGCAAAUGAAACCAUUGACGAGCCCGCCACCGUCCUGCUCCAAUACCGCUCCGGCUCUUUGUGCAGUGUGUGCACCAUCUGUGAGCACUGCUCUACCACCUGUGAAAGUUGCCCAUGUGAAGAUGAGGAUGACUCUGAUCAUUGUGAGCAUUGCCAAGAUUGCACAUCUUGCUACAUUUGCCCCUUACUGUGUGACACAAUCUGCUCACCAGGUGGCCUUGUUGAUGAGCUUACUGGGACUCUCUUUCAGAGCGUUUCCGCCCUACUCUGAGCAACCUGCAGGCUGCUCCCUUUAACGCCUCCUUGUGGUAGUGCGAGGUACUGCGCCCGGGACUAGAGCUGUGCUGUUCAAACCUCUCCGGCAACAUGAGGAAUCCCACAAGAGCUGACAGAAAAACAGAAACACAUAAAGGUUUUGACUCUUGUUUAGAUUUUUAACCUCACUAGUCAUUUGAGCUUCAAAUAAGAGUCUCUUUUCUUUUCCUUUAUUUAAUGAACUGCCUGCUGUAAUAAUGAAUUGCUAAGGCUAUUAUAUAAUGUGUUGAGAAUCUUAUUUUGAAGGAGCCUUUUUGUAAAACAGUUUUAGUUGAGCAACAAUGUGAAUACGUUUAUUUUAGUGGAUGAAAUCUGUAUGAAUGCACCAGAAAGAUGUCAACUUUGAAAGAUGAGUCCAUUUACUUUUACAGGAUAAUUUCAUAUACAUAUGUGUUGAGACAAAAACAUCUUAUUACAUUUUACCAAUCUAUAUGUGAGAAUUGAUGUCUCCUUAACUGUUAAAUUUGCUUCCGACAUUUACAUCACAAGCACUCUUCAUAUCUGCCACAAAUUUACUAACAAUUAGCUGUUUUUGCUAUGUUUACUUUUGGUUUCCUUUUUCACAUUGUUAAAUGACUUCUAAGGUUAUUCUUGAUGUAUUUUUGAGCAUAUACUCUAUACUAUUCAAACUGCAGUUAAUGCCAAAUUGAAACAAUGUUAUUAAGGCCUAACGUGUGCAUAUAAAGUAAGGUAUUUCCAUGUAAUUUAUGGAUAUUACCUGUCGGAAAUAGGGAAUGAUUCAUUGGAGUAAAUUGGGUUUUGUAGGGCACUUUUGGUCCCUAGUUUGAAUAGAUUUUAGUAUAGUAUACUCUAUGGAAGUAAAAGUCAGAACGUAUUGCUGUUUCCUAAAUAAACAACUUCUGUUUACCCUUUAA